AUGGCCGCAACUAAUGGAGACUCUGGCAAAUUGCCCCAAAAGACCCGUGAGGUUAGCAAUAACCACAUGGACUCGAGAAUCUGGAACGAUGUGAAGCUCAGGCCUGAUGAUAUCAUUAUCAGCACAUACGCAAAGUCGGGCACAACUUGGAUGCAGCAGAUCGUCUCUCAGCUUCUCCACCAGGGCGACCCAACUGUCCCAGCAGGUGCCGUGUCCCCAUGGGUCGAUCUACGUAUCGUGCCCAAAGAGGUGAUGCUCGACAUGGUAGAGAGUCAGACCAACAGACGCUUCAUGAAGUCCCAUCUCCCUGUCGACAGUCUCCCCUGGGAUCCCAAAGUAAAAUACAUUUUCAUCGGCCGAGACGGUCGCGAUAUGGUCUGGUCCCUGCACCACCACUUCUACGUCGCCACCCCAGCCUUCUACAGCUUCUUUGAAAACACAGGCUACGACGGCCCUCCCCCUCAACGCCCCGGCGAAAGCCCGCGCGACAUGUUCAUCGAUCUCAUCGAGGACGACACGCGCCCAUCGCUGGGCUGGCCUUUCUGGAGCCACAUCCGCGGGUGGUGGAAGCUCCGCCACGAGCCGAACUUGAUGAUGAUCCACUUCAACGAUCUCAAGGCCGACCUCGAGGGCAACAUCCGCAAGAUAGCAAAGUUUCUCGACAUCCCUGACUUGCCGGAUGAUAAGUUCAAGGCUGCGGUCGAGCACUGCACAUUCGACUGGAUGAAGGCGCAUGCGGCAUUGUCAGCGCCGCCGCAGGCUGAGGUUGCGUGGGAGAAUGGUGCGAGUGAUUUUGUGAACAAGGGUUCGAAUAAGAGAUGGAAGGAUGUGUUGUCAGAGGAGGAUAAUAAACGGUAUGAGGAGAAGGCGAGGGAGGAGCUUGGUGACGAGUGUGCGAAUUGGCUGCAGAAUGGGGGUGGGAUCAAAUGA